AUGAAGAACGACGAGGGCGAGGUGGUGGAUCUGUACAUCCCCAGGAAGUGCGCCUGGACCAACAAGCUGAUCACGGCCAAGGACCACGCGUCCGUGCAGAUCAACAUCGGCCACCUGGACGGCGAGGGCGUCUACAGCGGCACCUUCACCACCUACGCGUUCUCGGGCGCCGUCAGGCAGCGGGGUGAGGGCGACAGCGCCCUGGACCUCCUGUGGAAGAAGAAGUCGGUGGAGGCCUGA